AUGGCCCGAAUUCGACGCAAGAUCAUAUCUGCCGCAUUUGUCGUGCUCGGUACCAUUGUCUCUCUCAGCACCUCAUCGUUGUCGCCCGCCGUUAUGUCGCCCGCCGUUAUGUCGCCCCCCGUCAGUUACAAUAACGUGCUCAUCCACCAACGCGCGGACCCCCAGAUUGUGAGACAUACCGAUGGGUGGUAUUACUUCACAGCUUCAGUCCCUGAGUAUGAUCGGGUCAUUCUUCGUCGUUCUGAGACUAUACAAGGUCUUGCGGACGCUGAAGAGGUCGCCGUGUGGACAAGGGCGGCCUCGAAUGCAGGUGUAGGCUACGUUUGGGCUCCAGAGCUACAUUACAUCGACGACAAAUGGUACAUCUAUUUCGCCUUGGGGCGUGCUGCUCCUUUCGAUAUUCGCAUGUUCGUCAUUGAAGGAACAGGAGACAACGCACUGACUGCCGACUGGGUUGAGAAGGGUUUUAUUACUUCGGACUGGGAUACGUUCUCCCUCGAUGCCACGACCUUUGUUGUCAAGGGCACACGAUACCUGUGCUGGGCUCAGUCAGAUCCCAACUGGCAAAACGGUGUUGGUACAGGUCUAAUGUUGGCUCCAAUGGAGAACCCAUGGUCCAUCCGCAAGCCCGCAAUCGUCAUCACCCGGCCAGAGCUACCUUGGGAACGUAUUGGCCACAACGUCAACGAAGGGGCAUACGUGCUCGAACGUAAUGGCAAGCUGUUCUUGACGUACUCUGCAAGUGCCACCGACCAUAACUACGCGAUGGGUCUUCUGACAGCCGACGCUGACGCCGACUUGAUGGAUCCGACAUCAUGGCGCAAAUCGCAAGAGCCAGUUUUCACCAGUAAUGCGCAAACCAGUCAGUGGGGGCCCGGACACAGCGCUUUUACCGUCUCGGAAGACGGCUUGAGUGACCUGCUCGUCUUUCAUGCCCGUCAGUAUAAAGAAAUCGAGGGGGAACCGCUAAACAACCCUGAUCGUCAUACUCGGAUCCAAAAGCUGUACUGGAACGCCGAUGGCACCCCGAAUUUCGGUAUACCGGUCUCAGACGGGGAGACUCCCAGCCGCCUGCGUUCUUCGGCAAACUCAACGCAAUACAUUCGUCAUAACGAACAAGGUUUUGUUACAGUCGAGGCAGACAUUGGCUCUCUGGGCGAAAAUAUUUUCCGUAUCGUCAGUCCUGGGCUUGCCGGUAAAGAUGAAGUGAGCAUUGAGUCUGCUAGCCAGCCUGGAUCCUUCCUCCGGGUUUCCGGCUCUAGCGUCGAAAUUCACCCGUAUGAUAACUCGACCGAGUUCGGUUUUUCGUCCAGCUUUUUCCACCGUGAGGGUCUUUCUGACCCGAAAGGAGUCUCAUUCGAAGUCGGCAAGGACUCAGGCCUUUACAUUGCCUCUGAGAGUAAUGGCCUGGGGGUCGUCAACAUUGCUGACAUCAAAGGGCGUCUCGAUGUAGCUACCUUCUACAAGGAAUAG